UCCUCUGAAAGUGAAACCAAGGUACCAGCGAGCGGCGGGCGCACGAACGUCACACGAAAUCUAUUUCUACCACUUUACACUUCAUUUGUGAUUUUUUUCUCCGUCAAAAAGUAUUUUUUCAAACUGAAUAACAGAAAAGGUAACUUUUUGCUUCGAGGACGUAGACUGACAGUGCAGUGCAGUGAGCUGAGCAGCAGGCCUGCAGCUGGUGGAUCAGGAUGGAUAGACUGAUGCUUUCUCACAUUGAUGAGCAGCUGGAGUCCUCCGAGGUGGCCGCUCUCUGCUUCUUGUGUCGGGAUGUGGUCAACAUUAGACGCCUGGAGGGGAUCGCUGAUGCAAAAAGGCUCUUUGUGAGACUUGAAGAACAAGGUCUGCUGGAGGACUAUUCCUUCCUCUGUCAGCUGCUCCAAACUAUCCGGCGAGCCGAUCUACUCAACCGCCUGGAGACGGACAGCAGGCGACCAGAAGAAACCGAUGCAAGUCCUGUGCUGUCAGAAUACAGGGUGGCGCUGUACAAAAUCUAUGCGGACAUGACUGAGGAACAUUUGGAAACGUUGAAGUUCCUUUUGAGUGACAAGCUGGGCCGAAGACAAACUGAGGCAUGCAAGACAGCACUGGAUGUGUUUGCUGAAAUGGAAAAGACUGGUUUUCUGUCAAACGCCAAUCUCCGUGACCUGCAUGAGAUACUGCAGAGGAUAGAUCAACAACUGGCUGCAAUCAUACAGCGCUAUGUGGAAGGGGUAACCCAGCCGCUUCCUCGCAGAUUAUCUUCUCAUCUCAGCAUGGAUAACCAGGUGUGUAUUCAAUUGUGUUUGUAUACAGUUAUUCCUUUAUUGAGCCAGUUUACUGAGGACUGGAACUCUGUUUUCUUCCAACAGGGGGUCCAACCCACCACCCAGCCAACACAACCUGUCGAUGUGUCGAUAUCUGAGACUCAGCCCAGCUAUGAAGAAGCGAGUGUUUGCACCGAUGCAGAACCAAAAACCUCCUCCUCUCUUCCCGAUCAGACAGAUUACUACGCCCUGACUCAUGUGCCACGUGGUUUGUGUGUGGUCAUCAAUAAUGAGGACUUCACAGGGAUGUCAAAACGAAAUGGGACGCAGGCGGAUGUGGGGGCUCUGCGCUCAGUGUUCACCGCUCUCGGCUUCACUGUGCUGGUGCGCGACAACUUGACAGCAGGUGAUAUGAAACUGGAACUACACAAACUGUGCAUGAGGAAUUUUUUGGAUGAGGAUGCUUUGGUGAUAUGUGUGCUUUCCCAUGGAGAAAAAGAAUGCGUGUUUGGGACUGACGGGAAGCCGGUGUUCCUGCGAGAGCUGUCCCAGCCCUUCUCCAGCAGGAAAGCUCCCACCUUGGCCGGGAAGCCCAAACUGUUGUUCAUUCAAGCGUGUCAGGGGAGCGGCUACCAGAAAGGAUCCAUGCCCUGUCCCCCAAAGGCAAAACAGGAGGAGGAGGAGGAGAGAGAGAGCCACCUAGAGGAAGACGCUGGUCCCCUGCGUGGAGAGACGGUGCCUUGGGGGGCUGACUUCCUGCUGGGCAUGGCCACCGUGCCGGAGUGCAAGUCGUUUCGAAACACUACCACGGGCUCCAUCUACAUCCAGGAGCUGUGCAAGCAGCUGAAAAAGUCUGCUAGUAGCAGCAAGGAUAAUGACGAUAUACUCACUGUGCUGACACGUGUGAACAGGGAGGUCAGCAAAGGAGAAUAUUUGACCUACAAACAGAUGCCAGAGCCCAAGUACACCCUCACCAAGAAGCUCGUCCUCAAGUGUGUGUGAGCUGACCGGGACAAUGUGCAACGCUGGAAAUAUUCCAACUUUUCAUAGGCCUGACUGGUUAACUGUGUGUCUGACUGUGGCUGUGUGUUUUUAUUCUCGCUGUACAGCUGGUUGGAUGAAUUUGAAUGUCAGUGUUUUUGAAGUUAUCUCAAGAAGGGGAUGUGUUUUGAUCAUGCCAUAUCAAAUGUAUUUUUGGAAAUGUUGAAUGAUUCCCAUGUAUUCUGGAAAAAAUAAACAAUAAGACAUUUGGAAA